ACUUACAAUCUGGGACUUUGUCUAGACACCUUCGGUCUCCUAUAAGAUAGACCUCCACUCCAUUCGCUCUCCCAUCCAAUCUCAGUUUCCAGGGAAAACCAAGAGGAGAGACGAAGGUAGACGACGAUGGCGGUGUCGGUGGAGCUGACGAAGGAGUACGGCUACGUGGUGCUCACCGUGGUGGCCUACGCCUUCCUCAACUUCUGGAUGAGCUUCCAGGUCGGCGCCGCCCGCAAGAAGUACAAGGUGUUCUACCCCACCAUGUACGCCACCGAGGCCGAGAACAAGGAUGCCAAGCCCUUCAACUGCGUCCAGAGGGGGCACCAGAACUCGGUUGAGAUGAUGCCGCUCUUCUUCACCACGCUGCUGCUCGGUGGCCUGCAGCACCCGGUCAUCGCCGCCGCGCUGGGGCUCCUCUACACCGUCGCCAGAUUCUUCUACUUCAAGGGCUAUACCACCGGCGUCCGGGAAAGCCGCCACAAGCUUGGGGGUCUCAACUACCCAGCAAUAUUCGGACUGAUCAUAUGCACGGCGUCGUUCGGCAUCAACCUUAUCAUCAGGGAGGCGAUUUAAGGUUUCGGACUGAUGUGUCUAACUUGAUAGGCGUUGUGACUCGAGUCAUUUAGACGCGGUGGUGGUGUCUUUUAUAGUGUCCAAAAAUGUGUGUGCGUCUGUUUUACUCUUCAGAGAAUAAGCAUGGAUGGAGACGGUUUGUAACAUCGAGGUUUUAGGUUUUGCAGUACGGUUCCAUAAAUCUCCUUGCCAGUUUCCUUGUGCGACAUCUGAGGACCAUGUUAUGCUCGUUGUUAUCUCCGGUCAGUUUUGACGUUGAUGUUGUAUGCAGGACCGGCCCUAGGCCAUGGUAGAAGGUGCGGCGGCCUAGGGCCCAUCUUAAAUAAGGGCCCAAUAUAUCUACAUUCUUAAAUAAAUUACAGAAAAUAUUAUUUGCGGAACAAAAAAUCAAC